UGCCUUUUGACGAAUCACUUAAUAUCAACAUGUUUGUUGUCACCAGCCGCGGGAUUUUGUUACAAACAAAAUUGCUAACAGCUAGCUUGUCAGGGAUCAGCUUGUUAUUUGGACUUCCGGUAUCUCCCUUUACUGGGAGGUAAAUGCUACCUGUGGAAAAAAGAAUGGCCUUCAGGAUAUCAAACCUGAGAGGAUUACCAAACAUGGAAGCAGCAGGACAACGCGGUACCAUUUCAAAAACAAAGCUAAAGUUACCCAAACUGACAGCACAAACAGGAAAUGGAGCACACGGCAAGUCCAGGUGAACAGGUGCUCUGCCAGCUGUGUGACCGGCCCUGCCUCUGCCCGACAGAAGUCCCUCAGUGCCCAGCAGGAGUCCCUCUGGUGCUGGAUGGCUGCCGGUGCUGCCAGAUGUGUGCAAGGCAGCGAGGCGAACCAUGCACUGAGAAGUCUCCCUGCGACAGUCAGAGAGGUCUGCAGUGCGACUUCAGCGCCAGCUUCCCCGGAGAACCAGGGGAGUGUGUCGGACAGGAGGAUCUGGGCUGUGAAGUAAACGGCGUCUCUUACCAGGACGGCCAGUCGUUUCAGCCCUCCUGUGACUCUUCCUGCCGCUGCAGCGGUGGGGGGGUCAGUUGCGUGCCAACUUGUCCGCUGAAUUUCCGUCUCCCCACUGCGGACUGUCCCAACCCACAGCAUAUCCGGCUACCAGGCAAAUGCUGCAAGGAAUGGGUGUGUGAGAACCUGGAGAACACAGUCAUACAGGACGCCAUCACAGCCAUGAGACCUGGCAGGUUGUGGCCGUCUCUCCCGAUGAAUCACCCUCUAAACAGACUAGUCUCGCCUGCCUCUACCUGUACUGAGCAGAGCACCCAGUGGAGCGCAUGUUCCCAGAGCUGUGGAGCCGGGGUCUCCACACGAGUCUCCAACCAGAACACGGCCUGCAAGCUGCAAAUGGAAACUCGACUCUGUAAAGUGCGGCCUUGCGAGGCAGUUCGGCCUCGCUCAAGGACACCCAUGCGGGGACAGCAGGGACAGUGCAAGGCCAGCUACACGUCACCAGGCCCCACCCGGCUCGUUCACCAGGGCUGCUACAGCACUCAGGCCUACCAGCUCCGGUACUGCGGACAGUGCACAGGCUCCCGCUGCUGCACGCCGUAUCACACCACCACGGCUGAGGUCACCUUCCGCUGUCCCACCGGCAGACUGCUUCAGCGACCUGUGAUGAUGAUCCACUCGUGUGUUUGUCAUAACAACUGCCCCUACGCCCCCUACACUAACCCAGCUCUGUGGGGAUACCGGCCCUGAGCGGUCUGUGUGAGCGCCGGGUCACUCAGAACAGUAAGACUUCAUUGAAGCGGAUCCGCAUCCUCUCCAAAACGGACCUUAAGGGAGAAAAGGAUCAUUUUAAAUAUAAACUGUGAUUGAGGUUGUGAAUGCUGAUCUUCACACAUGUACAAUCUCAAACUGCACUUAUUCACAACUGCUUCUAAUUCCCACUCAAAUAUGUGUCAAAUCAAGAAGAAACAAACACACUGUUAUUUACAACUGUGCUCUUAACGCAGAGGUAACAAAAGUGCUUCACAUGAAUAGGAUAAGGACAGAGAACAGACAGAGAAGGCAAUCAAUAAAACAAGUAGAAAUACGUGUAUAACCCACAAAGUAAAAGUUAUGAAACAAUAGUUGGUUUUAUUAAAUGUGCACUGAUUCAGCUUCUCUGAGACCUAUCCUCUUUGAUGUCUGUCGGCCACAGACUGAAUACCUUUUAUUUCAAAAGUGCCAUUUUAAAAUCAAUCCUCAAAAGUGACAGGGAGCCUAAAUAGGAGCUAAAACUGGUGGCAUAUGUGAUUUAUCUAAAGUCUUGAUACACUUUAAAAGCUUUUAGACCGAAGCAAUGAAAUGAAUAAUUCUGCCUUCCAUAUUGAGGCCAACAAAACACAUGUUUUCUAAUUGAGAUGAAUGUUCCUAUUUAAACAUGCAGUGAGGACAGUUGGCCUUAGUGUUGGUAUGGUCAUAAAGAAAGUUUUAAAGACAUGUUUACAUUGAUUACCGGCAAUUUACUGUAUGUCUUCAAGGGCAUAGUUUGUUAGAUAGAAAGUGAUCCCAAAGAAGGACCCCAGCCUUUGCGUUGACAGACAUUGAGCAGUUCAACUUUUAACCUGUACAGUUUUUGUAGUAAUGUGACAUUGCACUUAUUUUUUGAUAUGAUUUGUUUGUUGUAAAUAUAUUAUAGACCGAUGUCAGUUGAAGAUAUCUCAAUGUUUUACUUAUGUCCUGCAUUUUAAAAAGAUGUGUGUGUUUUUGAUUUCAAAGCAGAGUGUUCAAAGAUUCAUAUUUUCCUAAUGUAUAUUUUGUAGCCUUUUUCUUUAAAUCCUUUUGCAGUACACUUCUUCUCUCUGAUGAUGAGCUGUUACAAACAUGUUUGAAGCACACAGAAAUACACAGCAUUUUUGAUAUUUUAUAUAAAUAAUGAAGCCAAAUUGA